AUGGAAUUCGUUGCUAUGCGGGACUCUCUGCAAACUUGGGAGGAUCAUGUCGACAUCUGGGCUCCAGAUCAGGUUGACGAACUUUCCUACCUCGAACUACCUGACAUUGAACCACUGGUUCAGCGUUCCUAUGAGCGACCGUGCUUUUCACAGUAUCAAAAAAUGGCUUCAGAGUUGAAGGUCUCUGUCAUGAGAGCAACGAUCGAGCCGCGGAUUAUUAACAUUCUGAAGGAGCGAACACUUGAGGACAGGAUUAAGUACCUGGUCUGCCCCCCAGCCACUUUUCAAGGACUGUGCAGAGCCGACCAACUCACUCGCGAGACUCUCCUAGAGACGCACUCAUUCAAGUUCCACAACUUCAUGAUAAAAGGCUGCCCAAUCCUCAUCAACAAAGAGACUGAUAUCCUCUGUUUCGAAAACCCAGAAGCACUCUUGAAAUUUGUAAACACCCGCAAUUCAUGCAAGGUGCUGAGAGACGAGAAUUUCGCCUCGAUUGCAGUCUACUACAAUGCCUACAAGGAUUCGCAUUAUAGCCUUGUCAACAAUUACCAGCGCGAUGGGCUACUGUGCGAUGCUCUCAUGAGCGCAAUCAGGAGUUUUGGGUCGUUGCGGAAGCUGUACCUCUUGCAAGAGGGGUAUCCAGCUGAGGGAGAAGGCAAGGCUCAGUUGAACAUGAGUAACUUGACAUCUUACACGCGGACAUAUCUCGCUUCUGAGAAAUUGGAGUGGGAUAAAAUGUGGUAUGAUGUGGAGCGCAUGAACAAUUUACCAAUCGGACAAAGCUACCGCUGGAGACUUCCAGAGGUCGUGGUCAUCGCGGAGGGGGAAUUUGUGCGGCAAUUUAGGGCUGGAGAGAUUGAGAUCUGA